UCUUCUCGAACUCUCUCUCGUUCUCUCCCGAGAAACUUUCCGGGAAAAUUUGGACUUCCAGAUGGAAAUUUUCCCGGACGAACUUUUCCCGGAUAACCGCUAUAGAUUUCAGCCCUAGGAGAGGGAAGAACAUGGAUGCCUGUUCCAAUUGCUGUAGUAGUUUCCGAUUCUUACCUGUGCAUCGGUCGCUGACCUCCAGAACCACCGUGGUUCCAUUCCCGCUCUUCCGGAGCUCCGGCGAUCUCCGAGUACUGUACAAGAAACGGGUUCUUUUCAAGCAUCGGAGACGGAGCUUGGCUCUGGUGAAUUUCUCAUUUCUUCCUUCUCCGUUCGAUGGGAGCGUUUCUCUCGAUUCCAUUGCUCCAACCGUUGCCGGCGUCGCUUCCGGUCUGGCGGCGUAUCUGUCUUCUCGGUUCUUUGGGGAAUCUAUGGGGAGCGGUGGUGACAAGAGGAGAGAGGACGAUGUUGUCGGGGAGUGGGUGCUUUUCACGAGCCCCACGCCGUUCAACCAGUUUGUUCUUCUCCGGUGCUCUUUGCUCUCGUUCGAUGUUGGCGCCGGAGAUUCCGAGCUUCUCGGGGGAUUGGACGAUAGGCUCGUGAAGGAGGAGAGGCACUUCGUGAGGUUGGAUACAGGGAAGAUUCCGGCGGCGGAGGGGAACACCGGUGCUGCGGAGGAGACGGCGUUAGAGUAUCAAAGGUUUUGCAUCAACACGGAGGACGGAGGCGUUGUUUCGCUGGAUUGGCCGGCGACUUUGGACCUCGGGGAGGAGCGUGGGCUUGACCCAACCGUGAUUCUGGUCCCGGGAACGCCCGAAGGGAGCAUGGAUGAGGGCAUUCGAUCAUUUGUACGCGAGGCUCUCAGGAGAGGCGUGUUUCCUGUGGUGAUGAACCCUAGGGGUUGCGCUGGUUCGCCUCUUACUACGGCUCGGUUAUUCACAGCAGCUGACAGUGAUGAUAUCUCCACAGCCGUACAAUUCAUAACCAAGGCAAGGCCUUGGACGACACUAAUGGGCGUCGGCUGGGGAUUUGGUGCAAAUAUGUUGACAAAGUACCUGGCCGAAGUUGGGGAAAGAACACCUCUUACUGCUGCUGUGUGCAUUGAUAAUCCCUUUGACUUAGAAGAGAUUACACGGACAUCUCCCUAUCACAGUACCUUGGAUAGACACCUUACUCAUGGACUAGUGGAGAUUCUGCGUUCAAACAAGGAGCUUUUCCAAGGCAGAGCAAAGGGUUUCGAUGUUGGAAAAGCUUUGACUUCAAAAUCCAUUCGCGACUUUGAAAAAGCAAUAUCCAUGGUGACUUACGGCUUUGAUAGUGUAGAAGAGUUCUAUUCCAAAUGCAGCACCAGAAGCGUGAUUGGGGAAGUGAAGAUUCCUGUACUCUUUAUACAGAAUGAUGAUGCAGUGCCCCUGUUUUCUAUACCACGUGGUGCGAUAGCGGAAAAUCCAUUUACAAGCUUGCUUCUGUGCUCUCUUUCGCCCUCAAGUGUUGUUAUUGGGGGUGCUGCAGCUGUAUCAUGGUGUCAUCAUCUUGCUAUUGAGUGGUUGGCUGCGGUAGAACUUGGACUUCUGAAGGGCCGUCACCCACUUUUGAAAGACAUAGAUGUUACUGUUAAUCCUUCAAAAGGCUUAGCACUUUUGGAAACUAGAGCAUAUGAAAAAGGUGUCAAUGCUAAUAAGGUCUUGGAGAUUCCCCGAAGAAAAACAAUAAAUGGUUAUCGAGUAGAUCCUAAAAUGGAGACACUCAGAGAUAGUACCACCGUUUCCAACUUUAUCCUGCAGUCUGGAAGAGACUUAGAGCAGAAUGACAAAAGUAAUAACAGAUUUCAUGAACCAGAAAAUUCUGGAGUCGCAGCAAGUGGUCCUGUUGAAGUUGAAUUAGACAAAGAUGACAAGUCUGGUGAAGAGGAGAGUGACAGAGGCCAGAUUUUACAGACUGCACAAGUGGUUAUGAACAUGCUAGAUGUAACCAUGCCUGAUACCCUCAAAGCUGAAGAAAAGAAGAGGGUCCUGGAUGCUGUUGGUCAAGGAGAGACAAUUAUGAAAGCUUUGCAAGAUGCCGUGCCGGAAGAUGUCCGGGGAAAACUAACAACAUCUGUCACUGCCAUCUUAAAUUCACAAGGCACAAAGGUGAAGUUUGACAAGCUUAAGCUUCCUAAUAUGACGCCAGGAUUUAAGCCAAAAAUACAGGAACCAAGAAAAGGGCCAUCAAGUGCUGUAGAUCAACAGGAUUCUCAUUCUCCUGAUCAUACGAAGAAGACUGAUGAAUUAGUGAAUGGCUCUAAGAACAUUCCUGAUGGCUCGGAAAGCUCUACUGGUGGAGCAGGAAUAGAGGAUAACCCUUACGAGGCUUCCCAGAAAUAUGUUGAUUCUGGCCAGUCGCAACCAGUCAACAGCAAUCAAGAUGAUAGUUUGGCUCCGUAUAAGAAUGUUAAUGAUGGAUCAGGGUCUAAUCAUGAAAAUGAUGAGUCACUUACCAAAGAAAAAGUCACCGCAGCUGAUGUUGGUGAGAAGGUUUCUGGGCCUGGGGUAAAGGCUGGUAGUUCUAGCCAGGAAAAACCAAGCGAAACAGAGGAUGUAAAUGUGAACAAAGUGAACCAAGAUGCUGUAAUAGCUCAGCAACAAAGGAAGGAGGAUAUUGCCAACAAUAACGAAGAGAAAGCUGUGGAGUUUGCUUCUGGCCAAAACAAAGUAGCAUCUAUUAGUGAAGAAGAUGUUGGACCACCUCCUGGACCUCCUUCUGACUUGCAGCCUGUAGAGAACGAAGAAAAUGAUAAUCAGAAGAAAGAAACAAAAAAUUUGCAACCUGUACCUGAUCAAACUAAGCCAGCAGUGCAGGAGCCGAGUCAGCCUACAUUCAGUGUUUCUCAAGCAUUUGAUGCGCUAACAGGUAUUGAUGAUUCAACUCAAGUAGCAAUUAAUAGUGUUUUUGGCGUGCUAGAGAAUAUGCUUUCUCAGCUGGAAGAAGGAAACAAGGAAGACGAUGAAGUCACUUAUGAAAAGAAGCUCAAGGAUGAGAACAUCAGUUCUCUAUCUGAGGUGCACACACCUGAUGAGAGAGUAACCAAAGACAUUAUGUUCUCUCAUGGAUCAGGUGAUCCUGUAUCUGAUCUACAUGAGAGUAGAAAGGGCACUAAGCAUGAUACAACCACAGUGUUGCUGAAUGAAAAACAUUUGAUCGGAAAUAAACCCGUGGUUGGUAAUGAUCUUGAGUAUCUACCUAAGAUGUCUGAGAGGCAUGCAAAUCUGGUUAAGAAUUCUUCUUAUGGUGUGUACUUCCAAGAAGAUCUUUCAGAUGAGCGGACUGCCACACAAUUGGACUUAGAUACAACAACUGCUCUCUUGCUUGACUAUUAUCCAGAAGAAGGUCAGUGGAAGCUCCUUGAUCAACAGCCUGAGAACUUUGAAGAGUCUGUUGACAAUUCAGUAGCCAGUGGAGACACCAACAAAAAUUUUCAGGUUCAUUCACCAAGUAGUGCAAAUGACGAAGAGAACAUUAUUGAGCCUUCAUGUGUGAUAUUAGACAAUGAUCAAGAUAUGGAGCAGACAGAAAAGAGUGAUGCAGUGGGCAAUCCAGAAGAUGAUGUGGACAACACUGAUGAAGGAUGUGAAGAGUUGAUGCACCUCGUAAAAGUUAUAAUAUUGGACUCAUUGAGUCUUGAAGUCCAACGUAGGAUGAGUUCAUCUGGUUUGAGACGAAUUGAGUCUCAACUCAAUCAAGAUAUAGACAAAGUGGCAGAUGCUGUUUCUCUUGCUGUUGCAGAUGCUGAGCACUCUUUGAAUUUCAAAAAUAUAAACAAGGCCAACGUCCCUACUGAAAAGAUAUGUGAACUUCAUGGGGAGACUAUCAUUAGAGCCAUUUCUUUAACUGUUCAGGAGACCCGCUUUCUUAGGCAAGUUUUGCCAGUUGGUGUUGUUGUUGGCUCUAUCUUAGCUGCUCUGAGGAAAUAUUUUGAUGUAUCAACCGUGUGUGAUGAUGCUAAAAGAGAAGCUGUGACUAGAAAGGUGAACAAAUUCAGGAAAAAAGAUGAACAGAAGAGUGGUCUGAAUAACAACAUGAACAAGAAGAGCAAAUUGAAUGGCUCCAAGAAAAAGGGGAUGGAAUCAGGACUGCAAAAUAUUAAUAACGAUCAAGUCAUGGUUGGUGCUGUAACAGCUGCUCUCGGGGCAUCUGCUCUACUGGUUCAGCAACAGGAUCCACUGAAAGGUGGUCAAAACGGUGGUAUAAUGUCAAAAUCAUUGACGGAGAAAGGAAGUCAACAGAAAGAAUCUGAGCAGAGCAACAUGGUGGCGAAUUUUGCCGAGAAAGCCAUGUCCAUUGCUGGUCCUGUGGUACCAACCAAAGAAGAUGGUGAAGUGGAUCAAGAAAGACUCGUUGCAAUGUUGGCAGAUUUGGGGCAGAAGGGCGGAAUACUAAAGUUAGUUGGGAAAUUUGCUUUGCUUUGGGGUGGGAUCCGUGGUGCUAUGAGUCUAACUGAUAGGCUAAUCUCGUUUCUGCAUGUGGCUGAGUUGCCCUUGCCGAAGAGGUAA